UUUCAGGCUGGACUCUACAUUACGACUAUUCUCCUCUGAAAAUUAUUUACAUGUUCAGGACAUAGAUAUUGAGCCAUAUGUUUCAAAAAUGUUAGGAACCGGAAAAUUAGGAUUUUCAUUCGUACGAAUAACGGCACUUUUAGUGUCCUGCAACCGCCUCUGGAUAGGUACAGGAAAUGGAGUUGUGAUUUCGGUACCCCUAAAUGAUUUAGCUGGAUCCACUUCUUCUAAAAUGAUACCCCGGUGUUGUAUGGCCAAUGCACAGUUAUCAUUCCAUGGACAUCGAGAUGCUGUAAAAUUUUUUGUUUCCGUACCAAUGAACCCAGAAAUUCAAAACCAGUAUCCAAAUAAAAGGGAUAUGUUGGUAUUAUCAGGAGGAGAAGGUUAUAUUGAUUUUCGGUUAGAAUCAACUUCAACUAUCACUCGGUUGUGACAAUUAUCAUACAAU